UUCUCUCAAACUUACACUGGUGUUUCUAUAACUCGAUAGAAACACGGCAUAUGUUUUAUAUUUCUUUAAGAAUAACACACCGAUUGUAUCUAAGGGCCGGGUCGCACUAGAGCCAAUUUUGUUUGUAUUGUUUUUGUUUGUUUGUAGCUCAGGGGCAAGGCCUAUUUCGGGGAGAUUAAUUCUCUUACCCCUCAUUCUCUUCUGAAAUAGAGCAAUAGGCAAUCUCUGCACGUGCGUUAUAAUUCAUUGGUCUUAAGCGAGUCUCUGCAAAAUAACGCAAAAUAGCUGCAUGAUAUGAUUCUCUGCAUUUCAAUUUGGAACAGGACGUUACGUUUUCAUGCCGAGCUAAUAUACUUUGAAUAGAUCUGGAUAUUUAUACUUUGAACAGAUAUACUUUGAAUAGAUCUGAAUAUUUGUUUUCUACAAUGGAGAUUUAAAAAUCUCCAGUUGAAGAAAAGGAGUGCCAUGUGUCUUCCAGCAUUCUCUAGAGUCUCCGCGAAACCCGUAUUUGUUUUUACUCUAAGCAGGUUUUAUUGUUCAUUUACCCAAUCAAACUCUUGCGAUGUCGACCUGGAGAGAUUUUAUAGAGAAAUUGUAUCAGGUCCAGUUUUUGUUUUUGUUUUUGUUUUUAUACUUUCAUGACAAAACCACCCACAGGGCGACCUACAGAGCGACCCAUGGCACCAUCCACGGCAUCUGAAGUCAUUUCCAAUCAGUUGAACAAGAAUGUGGAUCCAUGUGACGACUUUUAUUCCUACGCAUGCGGAGGGUUUUCCAAAACCCAUCAUCUCAGUGCGGAACAGAGUAGCGAAACUGGCUUCACUAUCGUGAACGACGACAACAUGGAGGUUUUACGACAAGCUAUGGAGACUGCUGCUUAUAACUAUUCACAGAGUUCAUCUAUCGUGAAAACUGCCAAGAUCUACGAUACAUGCGUAGAUACUGCUGCCAUUGAGCGUCGAGGGAUCUCACCUUUGGAAAACUUGAUAAAGCAGUAUGGCGGCUGGACAGUGACUGGGGAUGGAACUAACUCGUGGACAGUGGCAGAGAAAAUGGGCGCCGUUCUAAGAGACUUGAAUGUACAGACCUUGCUUUCGGUAUCCGUUGGUACAGACCCACAGGACUCAAACCAACACAUUCUAAGUAUCAGAUUUUCUUCGCUGGGACUGGGUAUAGGCUACUAUUUUGAUUACUCAAGUGAGGGCCAAAAGGUUGGUAGGAAAAUAUUGUAUCAUGGGUCAAACUCGAGUCGGUGAAUGAAAUUUGUACCAGUCUUUAUGGGUGUAUAAAGGGCGUGGCUAGGGGGGUCCUGGGGUGCCUGUGAGUCCCCCCCCCCCUUUUGAAAGCAUUUUUUAGCAAACAAACUACAACAUGUGGGAAAAACGGAGGAGGUCGACAUAACAAUCUGGUGAGUACCCUCACUUUGACACAGUGUGACAACCCCUUGAAAAAUCCUUGCUACGCCCCUGUGUAAGAUGUAUGGAUAUUCAAGUGAAGUAUAAACAAAACCUAAAAUUCUUAAGUGCAAAAUACUGCUGUUAAGUAGAUUUGCCGAGCUUACAAUCUAUGCAUGGUGCAGUACAUAACUCCAUGAUUCUCAGUCCAUAGUCGAUAUUCCAAAAUCUAAAAACUAACAAACGGUAGAGGUUACGAGAAUGAACUAGUAAUUAUAAACUUUGCAAGUGAACCAAAAACAGCGAAUAUCACCGCUUUUGAGUGCUUGAUUUUGCAUUAACACACUAAGCGAUUGGCACAUAAACCUCACACCACUUGUCACUCAGUCAGUAAUAAACCCAAAGCAAAUUGUGACACGCUCGGACACAUUUUCCUGCACUUUACAUCGUAUGCGUCGGGUACUUUGAGGUUCGAUUGGUUUACUGGAUUCUGCGUAAUUUUUAGUAGUGAGAGUGAUAACUUUCUCUCUAACAAAAGUCGUCUUUGUCAUU